AGUAUUGAACGGGCCAGGCCCGUUGGAGAGUUAAACCUGCUUGGUGCAGGUGUAGUGUAGCAUUAGCGGUAAGCAUCUUCUCUUCAAAUAAACCCUGAAGCUGAAGCUGAAGCCGAAGGUGGAGUUCUUUUUCUUUUCUCCCCUCUCACAAUCACAACCAUGUCCUCUUUCCUACGAAAACCUCUCAGGACUAAGGGCUUAUCCCUGUUUCUGCACAAACUCCUCGGAAACUCGUCCCAGUCGCAUCGCAUUCUAGCUUCAUCAACCUCGUUUUGCUCACUUCCUCACCAUCCCACUCCUUUCUUCGCUUCAAAUUCGGUCCCAAGUGCCAUCCACUCUAACGCCUCUCUUCAAUUUCGCUUCUGGGCCUCUGAGGCCGCCGCCACCGAACCCUCAACCUCCGAUGGGCUCACGGUCCAAGGAAUUCUGGCCCAUAAUUGGACCAUUCUCGACGAAAACGACAGCGAUUGGAAGAGUCACGCCGCCGCCGUAGCUCAAUCGAUUCAUUUGAUCAAACGUCGCUUACAGUGGAGGAAAUUGAAGGUGAGGUUGGAUAUGUUAUCUGCUCAGGUGAAUAAGGAAGACCUUUGGGAUGAUCCAGUGCGUGCGGGUAAAAUAAGCCGAGAGCACGGUUCGCUCCUAGGGAAAAUGAAGGUGGUAAAUGCAUUGGAACAAGAGUUACUUGAGCAUAUUGACAUGAUAAAGCUUGCGCGCGAAGAGAAUGAUGCGGAUUUGGAAUCGGAAUCAUUGAAAGCGUUGCUUAACAUGAGAAGGAAUGCAAAAGAGAAAGAGCUAGAGGCAUUGCUUUCUGGGGAGCAAGAUUCUUGUUCAUGUUACAUUGAGGUUCAACCUGGAGCUGGGGGUACUGAGAGCAUGGACUGGGCUGCAAUGGUUAUGCAGAUGUAUAAGUCCUGGGCAAAGCAACGUGGAUAUAAAGUAACUGUAAUCGAUGAAAUGCCUGGUGAGAUUGCAGGAAUCAAGCGAGCCACCAUCAAAGUAGAUGGGGAGUUUGCAUUUGGAUAUGCCAAAGCAGAAAUAGGAGUGCACAGGCUAGUGCGCAUAUCACCGUUUGACAGUAGUAAGCGCCGGCACACUUCAUUCGCUGCCGUGGCAGUGAUUCCAAUCCUUGGUGAGGGAUCUACUCAUGUACAAAUUAAUGAAACUGAUCUUCGAAUUGAACGAUUUCGUGCUGGUGGUGCUGGUGGCCAACAUGUUAACACGACUGAAAGUGCUGUAAGAAUAACUCAUAUUCCUACAGGAGUUACUGCAACUUGUCAGAAUGAAAGAUCGCAACAUCUGAAUAAGGCUUCAGCGAUGGCUGUGCUUCAGUCAAGAUUAGACCAAUUGGAGAUGGCACGCCAGUCUCAGUUGAAUGCACAGCAUACACAAUCUCUCACUGACAUAACUUGGGGCAAUCAGAUUCGAAGUUAUGUUCUCCAUCCUUACCGUAUGGUGAAAGAUCUUAGAACUAACUAUGAGGUUUCUGAUCCUGACUCUGUCCUUGAGGGAGAUCUAGACGGUUUCAUCUUGAGCUAUCUAUCAGCUUCUCUGGAUAAAGAUGAUGAUGCUUAAAUCAAUUAAAUUCUCAGCUUGCAUAUUUAGUGCUGAAAUGGGUAUACGCUUGUGCAUUUUCAGCGUCUGAGGCAAAGUCAGCUGUCCUUUCUGUUUCUGUUACUGGCAUUCCUCAUCAAGGUCUAUCAGAAUAUAAAGGAAGCAUAUUUGGGCUGCCUAUGGUACCUUUGCGGUAACAAAUAAUUGAAUACAUACAUUGAAUUAUGAAUAUGGAAGUAUGAAGCUUAGAAGUUUGAUUUUAUUUGGCUUCCCAAUGACCUUUGGUGCAGCCGAUCAUGAUUACUGUUCAUUAAGAUUCGUUAUUUACAUAUAGAACGAUUAUUGUUCGAAAGGUACGUGAGAUGUGUAUCUUUUUUAUCUUCUGAGAAUAAACGAUGCAAAAAUACUUGUGGAUGGCUU